AUGUAUCUUAAAAAGGCUUUGUUAGUACCAGUUGUGCUGGCUACAAUUGCUGAGGCCGGCAAGAAUGCACGCGAUGUCGAACCUUGCGCGCAGAUCGCUCAGUCGGUGGCGGACGCCAAUCAAAGAGAUACAAGUGCUCAAGUCUCUCACGAUUUGGCUCACCAAUGCUUGAUGUCCAUGCCAUUUGAUCCUGAUCGUUCGGCGGUCUUUCUUAAUCAAGUCCGCAAGAUAUUGGAAUUUCAAUCUACUGUUGACAUUCUCAAAGAUCCUCCAUCAGGUUAUAAGAUGCCCUCAACUGACCUCCUUGGAGGUAUUGAGUCCAUCAUAAACAAAGCCAACAGCAACGGUUAUUCCAGCCAGUUUGAAAUGGACCUGGAUGUCUAUCAUCUAGCUAAUUCGGCAUACGAUGGCCAUUUGGCAUUCGGACUAUGCUCACAGUCUAUCUUCACUUAUAAUAUUGACCUGCCUCUUGUUUCCAUCUCCACCGACGGGUUGUCUCUCCCUCAGGUGUAUACGUUGAACGAUGCAAAAGCUCAAGAGGCUGGCUCCACGGACGUGUCAUCUAUUAAAACCAUAAAUGGUACUGAUGUAGCCCGGUACCUGGAAUCGUAUGCCUUGGGCCAAACUCUUCAAGACCCUGAUGCGCAAUACAACCGGUUAUUCCCAGCAUUGGUCCGCAGCAUCACUGGCACCCCCGUCGACGUGAAUGGAAUUUGGGCAUCCACCGCAGACUGGAAAGAUGGCUCGGAGAUUAUUAUCAAGUACGAAAAUGGGACGUCACAGACUAUCCAGAAGACUGCGACUCCAAAAGAAAGAUUUUUCGACUAUCAAAAUGGCACCGCACUGUUCAAAACCAAAUGCCUCCCGCAGAGUUCAUCCUUGGACUCGAGCACUACCGCCGGUACUGAGGAGGCAUCUGGAGUGACAGGGCUUCCUAGCACAACUUGGAGCAACUCCGAUUACUCUAUUGCGGGCUUUUUCUCCAAUUUAACUAGCCUUCAGGAUACUGGUAUCCUUUUCGUGCCUACUUUCUCUUCAAAUCCCAAGGAGAUCGCCCAGAUGACUAUAGAUUUUCUGCACAAUGCCACUCUUGCCGGAAAGAAGAACAUUCUGAUUGAUGUUACGGGUAAUCCUGGCGGUUACUUGACCAUAGGUAUUGAUAUGGCUCGAAUAUUCUUCCCAGACGUCGUCCCAUAUACUGCGACUCGGUUUCGGGCACAUGAUGCGGCGAAAUAUCUUACUAAGGCUUAUUCGCAAUACACUAAACAGGAUUCAAGCAAUCCUUUCGCGUAUCGCAACAUGGUGACUCCUAAUCAGACGAAUGGCUUCAGCUCCUGGCAAGAUCUUUAUGGCCCUCAUGAAGUUCUUGGAAGCUCUUCCUCUAGUUUGCUGGCCAACUUCAACUACUCAUCUAGCUCGACUGCGGUCUAUCCCAUCAAUGGCUAUGGAUCUGUUCCCCUCAACCCUGCAAAAUCUCUCUUCUCAGCUGCUGACAUUGCUAUUAUUACGAACGGUGAUUGUGUCUCAACUUGUGCCACUUUCGUUAAGCUCAUGAAGCGCCAAGGCGUCCGCACAAUUGCCUUCGGUGGCCAACCUUCAGAGUCUCCAAUGCAAGGUGUUGGCGGCGUAAAGGGUGGCCAAUCACUUGGAGUUGGCUAUAUCAACGGAUACAUCCAGAUAGCGAACGAGCUGAUCCAGAGCUCGGCCAAUACUUCGUCUCCGCUCUUGACCCGAGCCGAGUGGACGAAGUUCAAUCAAUCGACCCCAAGUCUCGAUUCGUCAUUUUCCUGGAAUGGAAACGUCAAUCUGCGGAAUGAGUAUGAUCCGGACGAUGAUCAAACUCCGCUGCAAUUCGUUUACGAAGCCGCAGAAUGUAGGCUAUUUUAUAAGCUCGAGAAUUAUCUUCAACAGGAGACUGUGUGGCAGGCAGCGGCGAAGGCGAUGUUUGGAGACGGCGAGUGUGUGAAAGGAUCUACGAAUGGAGAGGGUAGCUUGAGUGCAUGA